AUGCCGCGUGGGGUUGUCUCUCUUGUUCGAAGCUCGGCAGCUUCACGUGGGGUCAAAGACACAGUCCGACGCUUGCCUGCUGCUUGUAGGGAAGGCCUACCAAGUGCCCUAAGGCGUGGUGGCUUUUGUCAAAGAUGUACACGCGGCUCCUGCGGAGGGAAAGAAAAGGCAGCGAUGACUUCUUUACGUGUACCAGCAGGCUGCGCGGAAGCUGCGGCAGCUGAGGCAGCAGCACCAGCAGCAAAAGCAGCAGCAAAAGCAGCAGCAGCAGCAGCAGCAACGAGCUCCGAGGCCAGAGGAAGACCUCGCCGCAGAGAGGCGCGCGCCGCAGCAGUAGCUGUAGAACAGGGACGUGCAGCCUUGCAGCACCAGCUGUUGCAGCUGCAGGGGCCAAGAGCCACCAGCCUUCGCGACAGCGGCGCUAGGCUCACUGAGAUGUACAGACAGCAGCAGCGCGCCGCAGCGGCUCGGUGCCGCGAAAUCGAAUCCCACAGAGACACCUGGAGGGUCUCAAAACACCGCAUGCUGCUGUGGGCGGAAGUGCUCGGCGCCUACGAAUCGCUGCUGCCUUCCCCAGCUGCCGAUGCACUGCUAGACAGCACGGCUCUUGCGGAUCUUCUGGAGCAGCACAGGCGUCGGCAGCUCGAGGAAAACUUCGGUCUUGAACUUGAGAAGCACAGCAGCGGACUAGUUCCAGUGUUUACCCGGAAGGCCACACGCAUUUCCCCUCCAGCGUCUGUUGCGGAUGACGCCGCAGCGCCUGCUGCUGGCGGUGGUGUCUCGUCAACAACUGGCGACAUCAGAGAGGCAGCUGCGAGGGACAGACGCCGCGCAGCAGCAGCAACAGCAGCAGCAGCAACAGCAGCAGCAGCAGCAGCAAGAGCGGCAGCAGCAAGAGCGGCAGCAGCAAGAGCGGCAGCAGGUGUUGCUAGUGCAGUGGACGCAAUUGGUGCUGCGGCAGGGGCAGCAGCAGCAACUGCUGCAGCAGCUGCUUCAGCUGCUGCUGCGGAGUCGACAGGGACCCUCGUCAGCAGCGCUGCGGAUGUAGAAGGAGGAUUUUCACUUUCCAGCGGUGUCAGCAUGAGCAGCAGCAGCAGCAGCCUGAGGGAGGCAAAAGUCGCCUUCCAGGAGUCGGUAAAGAGAGGAACGCAACUUAACCACCGCUUGGCUGCUUCCCCUGCUGCUGCUGCUCCUUCAGCGUUCCCUCCCGCCGUUGCGGCUCGGCCUGCUCAGCGUAUCCUUACUGCUGGUGGCGCCACGAAGCAACUCGAUGUUGCUGCGGCUGCUGCUGCUGCUGGCAUCCAUCGACUGCCCUCCACUGAAGCAGCAGCAGCCCCUGCUGCUGCUGCACGCCAGGAUCGGGCUGCCCUUUCUCCGAGAUCUUCUCCCGUCCUGCGAGCUGCUUCGAAGGCAGCAGCCCCCCAAACUACUGCAAAAAUGCCUGUCCGCAGUGCUGUUUCUGAGGCUCUGGCAAGCAAUGCAGCCGCUCUUACGUCGGUUUCAGCAGCAGCAGACGAAUUGGACGCCCCCAAGGAGGCCGCGGAGUAUGCCUCAAGUCUCCCUGCUACUGCGGCUCUACCUGCAUGUCGCGUGGAUGCCGCAAAACAAACACCUUUGGCAGUCUCCCAAGCUCCAAAUCCAGCCUCCCCCCUUGCACUAGAGGCGGUCCCUCCUGCAGCGGCCGUGGGGAGGCCUGGAGCAGCACACCCGACUGCAGCAGCGGGCAAAACUUUACUAUCGGGUGAUAUAUCACUCCCCCAUGCAGCUGCAGGAAGAUCGAGGGCUGCAAUUGCAGUGGCAUCGCCGGAAGAGCCGGAGGGGGCGAAAGCUGCAGCCACCUCCCAGAAACAGCGAGACGCUCUGUGCAAAGGACCUCCAGGGGUUGCUGCAGCCGCACCAGCGCGCGUUGUCAAGCUGGUGAUUGCAGCGACCGCAGCCGAUGCAGAGAAACCUGCUAACACUACUAAGCCUGCAGUGGCUGCUGCUACUGCGCAGUAUGAGAGAACACGGGAUGAGUCUGCUCUCCGAAUGCUCAACACCAUGCGUAAGUCUGCCUUUAAAGAUGCUACGGCCCCCAAACCACCCUCCUCACCAUCACACCACAGCUGCAGACUGGACAAACAUCAACAAGGCCGUUUGCCAACAUGCCGUUUUGCGGCUUCUGUGUGCGCUUCAACUUUAGUGUCAGCGCGCUGA